AGGAAACCAACAUGAAGAAUCUACAUCAACUACAGAUGAAGAGACAGACCCACUGAACAGAGAUCAGAGGAAGAGAAGAGACAGAAGACAUGUCCAAAGUGAGGACAGCUCUCACAUGUCAGAAGUCCUCCCUCAGCAUUGGGUGACUGAAGAGGAUCCCUGCAACCAGAACAGGAACUUCAGAGUGAAACUUGAUGAACCAGAAUCUCCACAGACUAAAGAGGAACUGAAGGAACCAGAACCUCCACAGAUUAAAGAGGAACUGCAGGAACCAGAACCUCCACAGAUUAAAGAGGAACAGCAGGAACCAGAACCUCCACAGAUUAAAGAGGAACUGGAGGAACCAGAACCUCCACAGAUUAAAGAGGAACAGCAGGAACCAGAACCUCCACAGAUUAAAGAGGAACUGGAGGAACCAGAAUCUCCACAGACUAAAGAGGAACUGAAGGAACCAGAACCUCCACAGAUUAAAGAGGAACAACAGGAACCAGAACCUCCACAGAUUAAAGAGGAACUGGAGGAACCAGAACCUCCACAGAUUAAAGAGGAACUGCAGGAACCAGAACCUCCACAGAUUAAAGAGGAACUGGAGGAACCAGAUCAUCUGCAGUUUAAAAAGGAGCAAGACGAGCUCUGUAUCAGUCAAUAUGAGGAGUGGCUUAACCUGAAGCAGGAGACUGAUACCUUGAUGGAGAUUCCUACUUAUGAGGAAGAUGAGAACAGUGAAGCAGAUCUAAACAAUCAGCAGAGCUUUAAUACAACUGAUAGUCAGGAUGAAGUAGAAAACCAACAUGAAGAAUCAACAUCAACUACAGAUGAAGAGACAGACCCACAGAACAGAAAUCAGUGGAAGAGAAGAGACAGAAGACAUGUCCAAAGUGUGGACAGCUCUCACAUGUCAGAAAGUGAGUGUGUUAGAAAAACAAACAGAAAGGCAUCUUUUGUUAAGAAACACAAACAAUCUCCAACAGGAAAAAGAUCUUCGUAUAUAAAGUUUGGUAAAAGAAAAGGAAUCGGACACAAUGCGUCAAUCCACAUAGGAACUGAGUCUGAAAGAACCCAUUUCUGUGAAGAAUGUGGUACAAGCUUUGAUUACUUGUCUCAAGGCAGAAUUCACAUGAAAACUCAUACAGAAGAGAAGUCCUUUCCGUGUAAAGAAUGUGAUAAAAGUUUUAGUCGUAUUUCUAAUCUCAAAAGACACAUGAGAAUUCAUACAGGAGAGAAGGCUUUUGCUUGUGAAGUAUGUGGUACAAGUUUUUGUCAAAUAUAUAAUCUCAAACGACACAUGAUAACCCACACAGGAGAGAAGCAUUUUGCUUGUGAAGUAUGUGAUAAAAAAUUUAGUCAAAUAUCUGAUCUCAAAGCACACAUGAGAACUCAUACAGGAGAGAUGCCUUUUUCUUGUAAGGAAUGUGAUAAAAGUUUUAGUCAAAGAACUAAUCUCAAAAACCACAUGACAACUCACACAGGAGAAAAGCCUUUUGCUUGUAAGGAAUGUGAUAAAAGUUUUAGUCAAAGAUCCCAUCUCAAAACACACAUGAGAACUCACACAGGAGAGAAGCCUUUUGCUUGUAAGGAAUGUGAUCAAAGCUUUAGUCAAAGAUGUAGUCUAAAAAGACACAUGAGAACUCAUCCAGGAGAGAAGCCUUUUGCUUUAGAUGUUAAUAUCGAGUAACGAAACAUCGAUUGAACAAAUUGUGCAUGCAGAGUGAGUACAAAGUUUACAUUUCAUUUUGUAGCAUUACUUUACUAAUGUAAUGUAAAUAUAGAACAUUGAUCACAUAGCCACCAACCUUCAUGUCACUGCAGUGACGUCCUAAUCGAGAGACGGUGUGGUUUAUGAACAACAAUGCAAUAGAAUAAAACAAUGACACCACAUUUAGGGAUGAGUAUAUAAAGCGGUAACAGAGCAGUUCCUGCCAGAAGACAGCAGAAAAUUUUUGAAAAAGGAAGUUGGGUUUUCUGAUCCUAAUGACCUCUUUUUUUUACUAUUUUUUUUUUAUUCGUUACGGUCAGCUGCCAGUUAGCCUACUUUGGCUCUAAAUUAGCUCGCUUGUUAUUGCUAGUUUAUUUUAUUAUCAUCUCUUUUUUGACAAACAUGAACUUCUUGCACCUAAUGUGAGGCAUGCCUGAUGCUCUAUUUGGACUAUUUCCCUUCACUUCUGGGUCUGAAACAUUCCGUUGGUGCAUUGUUUACACAAUCAGCUGUUGUCCCCUGGCAACACAAAAUGCAGCCAUGUUUUUUUUUUCUGCCAGAUUUAUUUUCUAACAGAGCUAUGGUAACAAGAUAAUAUCCAUUCUAUAUAAUCAAUAACAUUCUAAAAUAUUAUAUUCUGUUUUAGUUUAAUGAAUGAUUCUCAAUACACGUGCAAAUUUCGUUAUAUCAAUGUUUUUUGGACACAAAAAUAUCCUUGUGAUCCAGUGACGUAUUUUUGACAGCAAGUUAGCGAGAUAUGUUGUAUUCAAGACAAGGGAAAGUCGUAUUCAAAACAGACAUGUUAAGGGUAUAACUGAAGGUUGUAUUCAUAUUUUCUUUUGCAAAGUUGUGCAUGAAGUAUUACAUUGUGCACAACUUUGUUUUGCACACGUUUCAUUUCGACAGUUAACUUACCCCAUACAAUAAAUUCCAAAGCAUUCUGAUUUUAUUUUCCAGCAGGACUUGGCUUCUUCCUACAUUUAAAAAGAUUCUUAACCCUUUUGCUAUCCUUUGACCCCACCCUACCAUUGACGUGUUCUCCCUACCAUGACAAAGGUGGACGAAGGUGGA